UGCAGCCUAGCCAAGAUGGAUCUGCCCUGUUUUUGCACAGCAAGAAGUUGAUCUUCUCUGCUUAUGAUAAUGUCAACAAAGUUCGGGUAGCUAUCAAGAAAAUCAGUCCUUUUGAGCACCAGACCUACUGCCAGAGAACCCUGAGGGAGAUAAAAAUCUUAUUGCGCUUCAGACAUGAGAACAUCAUUGGAAUUAAUGAUAUUAUUCGAGCACCCACCAUCGAGCAAAUGAAAGAUGUAUAUAUAGUACAGGACCUCAUGGAAACAGAUCUCUACAAACUCUUGAAGACACAACACCUCAGCAAUGACCAUAUCUGCUAUUUUCUUUACCAGAUCCUCAGAGGGUUAAAAUAUAUCCAUUCAGCUAAUGUUCUGCACCGUGACCUCAAACCCUCCAACCUGCUGCUCAACACCACUUGUGAUCUAAAGAUCUGUGACUUUGGAUUGGCCCGUGUUGCAGAUCCAGACCAUGAUCACACAGGGUUCCUGACAGAGUAUGUAGCUACACGUUGGUAUAGGGCUCCAGAAAUUAUGUUGAACUCCAAGGGCUAUACCAAGUCCAUUGAUAUUUGGUCUGUAGGCUGCAUUCUGGCAGAGAUGCUCUCCAAUAGGCCCAUCUUCCCAGGAAAGCAUUAUCUUGACCAGCUGAACCACAUUCUGGGUAUUCUUGGAUCCCCAUCACAGGAAGACCUGAAUUGUAUAAUAAAUUUAAAAGCUAGAAAUUAUUUGCUUUCUCUUCCACACAAAAAUAAGGUGCCAUGGAACAGGCUGUUCCCAAAUGCCGACUCUAAAGCUCUGGACUUACUGGACAAAAUGUUGACAUUCAACCCUCACAAGAGGAUUGAGGUAGAACAGGCUCUAGCCCAUCCAUAUCUGGAGCAGUAUUAUGACCCAAGUGAUGAGCCCAUCGCUGAAGCCCCAUUCAAAUUUGACAUGGAAUUGGAUGACUUGCCCAAGGAAAAGCUGAAAGAACUCAUUUUUGAGGAGACCGCUAGAUUCCAGCCAGGAUACAGAUCUUAAAUUUGUCAGGACAAGGGCUCAGAGGACUGGACGUGCUCAGACAUCAGUGUUCUUCCCAGUUCUUGACCCUGGUCCUGUCUCCAGCCCGUCUCGGCUUACCCACCUUGACUCCUUUGAGCCAUUCGGAGGGGUGGUUUCUGGUAGUUGUGGCUUUUAUGCUUUCAAAGAAUUCCUUCUCCAGAGAAUUGUUCCUGGCACCCCUGUGUGUGUCACCCACUGGUGACCUGUGGCAGUAUGUACUUUCAGUGCACCUACUGCUUACCGUUGCUUUUGUCACUAAUUGCUUUCUGGUUCGAAAGAUGCAGUGAUUCCUCCCCCUGAACCCUUCAUGACACCUGCUGACCCAUGCCGUCUACAGCCGCACCAGAGUUAGUUCUUUUCCAAAUUGGCUCUCGUCACUGGCAUCUCACUUUACAAUAGGGAAGGCUACUACCUAGGGCACUUUAAGUCAGUGACAGCCCUUCUUUGCACUUCACCUUUUCACCAUACCUGUUUCCCCAGGGCAGGAGCUCUGGAAACACCUGGGAUGAUGUUGCAGCCUGCAGCAGGUACUCCCAUCUUGGGAAUCUUGGGGGCGUUUGCAGCCCAUCUUUUCUCAUAUCAUGUUAAAGUAUGUGCCGUUUGCCCAGGUUUUAGAAACUCAAUCAUUUUUUCUAAAUAAAAAGAAAUUACCCAGCAAUUACACUCUGCAUUUACUGUGGCUACUUAUACCAUCAUAGAAGUUAACACUUACCAGAUGUGUUACAUGAAGUUCUUACAUUUGCAAACAUAAGCAAAGGAGCAAAGUGACAACUUCACUUAGCAGUUAGUAAGAGAGAUGCAAAGGUCACAGCAGAGUGCUGAGGGAAGUACCUGGAGAAGAUACUGCAGCCUGGCGUACUGCAGGCUGGCAUUCCAAUGCCCACGACACUAUAUAGCCCUGUGUGACCUCACACGGUAUGCCACAUUCAGUGCAGCCACACUCAAUGCUUGAGGAUUUAGCAGAGAGGAACACUGCAUCUUCAAAUGAGAAAGUGUACAAUUCUUUUUCCUCCUACAGCAUGUCAGCAUCUCAAAUUCAUUUAUCAACCUACGAUAUAACAAUUUGUAAUAAAGCCGUCAUGAGCUCAUGACAUGAAGCACUAUCCUAUCAUCAAGUACUCUCAGAUGUUUUUGAUACUGCUGAGUUAAGACCAUCAGAAAAAGCUAGCACUAAGUCAUGUUGGAGCUCUAUCCCAUAUUUUCCUGAUCUCUUUAAGUAUUUGUUCCUGCCACUGUACACUGUGGCGUUGACUCGGUGUUCUGUCCCAGUGCGGUGCCUCCUCCUGACUCCCCCACUGCUCUCUGUGGUGAGAAAUUUGCCUUGUUCAAUAAUUACUGUACCCUCGCAUGACUGUUACAGCUUUCUGUGCAGAGAUGACUGUCCAAGUGCCACAUGCCUAUGACUGAAACGAAAAAUCUAUUGUUACCUCUGAGUUGUGUUCCACGGAAAAUGCUAUCCAGCAGAUCACUUAUGAAAAAUAAUUCUAUUUUUAGCUUUUCAUUUCUCAGCUGUCCUUUUUUCUUGUUUGAUUUUGACAGCAAUGGAGAAUGGGUUAUAUAAAGACUGCCUGCUUAAUAUGAACAGAAAUGCACUUGUAAUUCAUGAAAAUAAAUAUACAUCUUUUAUCUUCAUAUUCAUGUUAAGAUUCAGUGUUGAUUUCCUCUGGAUCAGCGUGUCCAAGUGGACAAUCAAGUUCAGUUUGUGCUUAGGACAGAAGUGCUCACGGCCUCACCUUCCUACCUAGGUACCGCCCCAACACUUUGGUUUACAUGAGAUGAUUUACAAAGCAUUUCUGUAAGGUCCUCCUUUUCCUUCUGACAGCAGAACAUCAGCUCAUAAUCUCAUUAUAUAAAUCAUAAGUCUAAAGUACUCUGUCAAACUCUGAUGAAGAGGCCCAGAUGUCUCAGGCUUGAGUUCCUGUUCUUUCUACAGAGGGCCUAACUCUGCCCCAGAGCUGUUGCUGGGCACAGCUGAGUGCUGGGGAGGGCUACCCACCAUCCCCGAGCCCACAACCCCAGUCCCGGGUGCUGACACUCCCAUCUCACAGGCUUUAAAGAGUGAUGACUAGCUCAUCUUCAGAAAUCACAACCACUUUAAGAUUCUUGUCCUAAGAUCCAUGAUUUUCACCUUCAUGCACAGAACAGCCAUGUGAAGGUCCAUACAGCAGUGACUGGUUAGAGAGGUUUGACUGUUGCUUAGUAAUUGAUUAAGUCAGUUUUCAUUUCAAAGGAGUGUUGACAAUUUUACUACUCUUCUUUCUUUGUACUUUUAAAAUGGAAUGUUAUUAUUAGGAGGUUAAUCUGCAGUCCUCUAAUUAGAAAGCCAUAGCCUUGGUUACUAAUACCUAAGGAUUGUGGGCUCCUUUCCCACCCCACUCCCUGGUACAGUGGAGUCAGGUUGACUUGAAACCACUAACUGUGUUUUAGAAUCACUGUAGCCAUAAGUUGUAUGCUUUUUUUAAUCAUGCCAAACUUGAUUUAACAGAUCAGAAAAUUGUCAUAAUUAAGGUAUCUGUGCAAAGUACUAGCUGUUAUGUAUAAUAGAUUCAUCAUUGGAGCUUUUAGCAUCUCAAAAAAUGUACAGAUUAGGUCUUCUAAAUGCCCUCAUUAUUAGUGUCCUCAGAUAAGCUUUAGGCAAAUGCAAGCAAAAAAAAAAAAUUCCUGUUGAAACAUUCCAAUCAUUUUAUUUAUUAUUGAGGCAAAAUAUACCUAACAAGCUAGUGGGCUGGAUUUGAGAAAACUCAUGACAACUCUGCUGAUAAAGUCUUCAAAGCUGAUACUGACACGCAGACCAUUUUGAUGCAUGGAUCGAAGAAUAUCACUGUAUUUUUUGCGCAGUACAUAGUGUGUGGUGUGUUCACAUAAUUCCUUCUGCUGUAGGCAGAGGUGAUCGGUGUGGCGGUGCCUGUUCGCUUUCAGGAGCCACAUGUGGCUCAUCAGUGGUCGUCUCUAAGGAAUCACAGAUACACUCCCCAUGAUGCAUGCCACAUAAUAUUCAGACCAUUCAGAGGAGACUUUUACCUUUAUUUGCUUAUACGUCCAUACAGUUUUUAAAUUGGUGACUUUUAUAUAGUGUGGUAACAGUAUGUUAAUACACACACACACACGCACAUAUGCUUUGGGUCCUUCCAUGAUACUUUUAUAUUUGUAAAUCAAUGUUUUGGAGUAAUCCCAAGUUUAAGGGACAUAUUUUUGUAAAUGUAGUGGUUUUGAAAAUCUGAGCAAUCGUUUUGCUUAUACAUUUUUAAAGCAUUUGUGCUUUAAAAUUGUUAUGCUAGUAUUUGAAAUAUGAUACUCUUAUAAUGCAGAUGAAAAGCAUGUAACAGUAGAGUAAGUAUGUGAUUUCUCUCACUGUAAUCCAGCCUUGGCAUAAUUGAUCAGAAACAACUAGGAAUCCAGAAGGAAUUCUCUAGGGUUGCACCAGGUAUUUACCUGAAGCUCGUUGCCUUCUUUGUGCUGUUUACCCAUGUAGAACACUCAAGAAAGUUCUGAAACUGCUUUGUAUCUACUUUGUAUUGUUGGUGCCUUCUUGGUAUUGUACCCCAAAACUCUGCAUAGAUUAUUUAGAAUAAUGAUAAGUUUUUUAAAAAAAUGUUAAAGGAAGAUUUUAUUAAGAAUCUGAAUGUUUAUUCAUUAUAUUGUUACAAUUUAACAUUUAUUUGUGGUAUUUGUGAUUUGGUUAAUCUGUAUAAAAAUUGUAAGUAGAAAGGUUUAUAUUUCCUCAAUUCUUUUGAUGUUGUAAACGUACUUUUUAAAAGAUGGAUUAUUUGAAUGUUUAUGGCACCUGACUUGUAAAAAAAAAAACUACAAAAAAAACCCUUAGAAUCAUUAAAUUGUGUCCCUGUGUUACCAAAA